AUGGAGACGGACGGAGGCAGCAAAGGAGACGGACGGAGUCAGCAACGGAGACGGACGGAGGCUGCUACGGAGACUGACGGAGGCAGUAACGGAGACAAACAGAUGCAGAAGACAGAAGAGAAAGCACGGAUUAUGGAAGCGAAGCGUCGAAACGGAAGUGUUCCCAAGUAG